CACGUUUUUGGUGUUAAAAAAAGGGCCUCUGAUAAAGAAAGAGAUAAGACCAAAGCUCAGGUGGACUGGCCAGGGUGACUACCAAAAAGAAUUUUAAAGUUUUUACCGGCGACUUAAGUGUCAACCAUUUUGGAUUUUUCCCCAGUCCAACCAUGGAGCCAAUACUGCUCUGGCUUUACCGAGGUAGAGAACCGUUAAAGCUGCAGAAGGGAUCCAGUUUGACUAGAAAUGGACUUUUCUUCUCCAUGUAUCAGUCCGGCGAACCUGGAAGUGUGUUGCUAUCAUCUGACUGCUCAUGUUUAUUGCCUACUCAGACUUCUGAUUUCAGCAAGUAACGCGGAGAGAGACACCUCGCUUGUUUAAAGUGCGUCUACUCUACAAGGAGAAUAUCUGUGACACAUUACAAUGCUUCACAUAAGGGACAUCAUCUGGGGAUUUCUAUUCAUUGGCUGUGCAGCCGCCAUCCAGGUGGAAAUCACUCCGACGCAAGGAGAGAUCAGCGUAGGAGAGUCCAAGUUUUUCCUCUGCGAAGUGGUGGGAGAUGCUAAAGACAUAGACUGGUAUGCCCCCAGCGGCGAGAAGAUCUUUCCCAACAGGCCAGACAUUUUUGUGAGCCGCAGUGAUGAAAGCACGUCGACCCUCACCAUAUACCACGCCAAUGUGGACAGCGCUGGCAUCUACAAGUGUGUGGCGAAGAACGCGGACAAGGAGGCUCAGGCCACGGUCCAAGUGAAGAUCUUCCAGAAGAUCACUUUCGAGAGCGCUCCGAGCCCACAGGAGUUCAGCGAAGGCGAUGAUGCCGACAUCGUCUGCGAUGUGGUCAGCUCGCCGCCGCCCACCAUCAUUUGGAAGCACAAGGGCUCCAAGAUUCAAUUUGCCAAAGACGUGCGAUUCAAGAUCAUGGAUAAUGGCCACCUGCAGAUCCGCGGCAUCAAGAAGACGGAUGAGGGCAUGUACAACUGUGAAGCCCGUGUCAUGGCCAGGGGAGAAAUUGACUUCAGGAUGAUCAAGGUCGUUGUUAAUGUGCUUCCCACCAUCCGUGCCAGGCAGUCAGAGGUCAACGCCACCGCAGACACUGGUAGCUCUGCUUUGUUGGCUUGUGAUGCGGACGGCUUCCCUGAACCCACUGUCACCUGGGCACAUAACAACAUUGUCCUUGAAUCGGGCGAUAAGUACAGCCUGAACGAGGAUGGUUCAGAAUUAGUAAUAAAAGAUGUCAAGAAAGUGGAUGAAGGAGAUUACACUUGCAUCGCCAAGAACAAGGCGGGAGAGAAAGCCGAGGAAGUCAGCCUGAACGUGUUCGUGCAACCCAAGAUUACCUACCUGAAUAACCAGACUGCCUCCGAGUUUGACGAUCAAGUCACCCUGACCUGUGAGGCCUCGGGCGACCCCACACCCACCAUCUCCUGGAGCUUUGACGACAAGGUGUUCACUGAAGGAGAGCAGGCUUCUUGGACGCGACCAGACAAAUACGAGAGCCUUGAUAGGAAUAUUGUGGUACGCAGCCACGCACGGGUGUCCUCCCUCACCUUGAAAAACAUCCAGUUCACCUACGCCGGCGAGUAUCUCUGCACCGCCAGCAACUCCAUCGGUCAGGACAACAAGCACAUGUACCUGGAAGUCCGCUAUCUUCCGAAGAUCGAGGGUGCCGUGGUGGCGUACACGUGGGAGGGAAACCCGGUCAACAUCAGCUGUAAGGUGGACGCUCACCCGGGAGCCUCGGUCGUUUGGUUCAGGGACAACUACCAGCUGCCCAACGCCAACGUUACCAACAGCAAGAUCUACCACACGCCAACCGCCAGCUACCUGGAGGUUACCCCUGAUUCUGAGAGUGAUUAUGGGACCUACAACUGCACAGCAACCAACGCGAUGGGCACUGGGUCCAAGGAGUUCAUUCUUAUCCAAGCAGAGGUUCCCUCGUCGCCCGACAUGGAAUACGUGGUUCCUUUCUCGAGCACAGCAGUGGUCCAUUUUUCGGAGCCCGACUCCACGGGUGGAGUUCCCAUUCUCAAGUACAGAGUGGAGUGGUGUUUGCCUGGCCAGGAAUGGACUGGCAAGGACGUCGACGCUGUCGGCGGCAUGAACAAGGUCACCAUCGAUGGCCUGAAACCAGAGACCAGCUAUGAGGUCAAGAUAUCCGCCAUCAACGGCAAAGGCAUAAGCGAGAGCAGCUCGGCCAAGACUUUCAAGACCGAGCCAGUCCUUUCAUCCGAGAUUCCAUCCUCUAUCGCUGCUACCACUAUGGCCCUUAGGGAACCCAGUGCUCCCAAGCUAGAGGUCAAGGUCCAAAACAAGGGCAAUUCUCUUAAGGUCAACUGGAUCAAGCAGGACGACGGCGGUUCCCCCAUUAAACAUUACCUGAUCAGAUACAAGGCUAAACAUGUGUCUGACUGGAAACCAGAGAUCCGCCUUCCCCAUGGCAGUGAGUAUGUGGUGCUGAGCGGCCUGGACUGGAAUACAGAGUACGAGGUUCACGUGGUGGCAGAAAAUCAGCAGGGCAAGUCCAAGCCUGGCAUCCUCUCCUUCAGAACAGCUACAGAGCCAACUACCAUCCCAGACACCAUGGGCCGUGUCUCAGGCCUCGGCACCGGAGCCAUCGUAGGCAUCCUCAUUGUUGUCUUCUUCCUGCUGCUGGUGGGCGUGGACGUCACCUGCUACUUCCUCAACAAGUGUGGACUCCUCAUGUGCAUUGCUGUUAACUUCUGUGGGAAGGCCGGCCCCGGUGCAAAGAGCAAGGACAUUGAAGAGGGCAAGGCGGCAUUCACGAAAGAUGAGUCUAAGGAGCCCAUUGUUGAGGUGAGAGCAGAGGAAGAACACACCCCAAACCAGGAAGGAGGGGGUCCCACUGAGCCCAAUGAGACCACGCCUUUGACAGAACCUGAGCCUGCUGCUGCAGACACCACCUCCACUGUGGUAAACUUGCUCCCCUCCACUGCCACUAACUCAGUUACUGAGAGCUUUAGCACGGCGCACAGCAGUCCUGCUAGCGAGAGCACCACGCUUACCACCAGCGCCUCCAGCCCAACCAAAGUGGCCCCUCCCAAGUCCUCCCCCCAAAACAGCCCUGUUGCCCAAUCCAGUUCGCUUAAAGCUAACCCCCAACCUGAUGUCGGGCCCCUGGUCGACCUGAGCGACACACCUAAAGCUCCCCCCUCGUCCAACCCAAUACCCCCUGUCUCAGAGCCAGUCAGCCCGCCCUCUGCUAAUGCCGAUGGGCCACAGAGCCAGAGUGAACCAGUCAAAGCCCCCGACAGCACCCAGAGUAAGGACUUACAAGUAGACGGCCCGGCCAAGGAUGCCCCCAAUGCCCCGUGCGCAGACUCGACCACGCCAGCUCAAAAUGACGGUAAGACUGUGAAGGACGAUAACACUAAAGGCGAGACAGAGGUGAAGAACGCCACGGGCGAGGUGAAGACAGUUCCCAACGAGGCUCCCCAGAUGAACGGCAACGAGAGUAAAGCGUAAUCUCCCGGCCCGAGAGCAUCAGGAGGAGAAGGGUGGUUGGGGUUGGAAAGGGUGGAAGGGUGUGGGGUUUUUAAGGUUAAUCGAGGGGGGGUCACAGUCACUGAAACCUCAAAGCAAUGUCACACACCACCCCGUCGCAUCAGAAAAAAAAAAACAACAAAAAAGCAACAGAAAAGGUUUAAAAAAAUAAAUAAAAUUAAAAAAAAAUAAAAAAUAAAUCAUGGGUCUCUUUCUACAGGAAAAUGUAAAGACCUCAUGCACAUGCCUUAGUUCCUUUUAUGUCGAUUUCUAUUUGUUUAAUUCUCACAGAAAAGAAAAAGAAGCAAAAUUCAUGCUUGUAGCUCACCCUCUUUCUUGUAUGUAAUAUUACAUUGAUAAACUGUUAAAUACAGAAGCUGAAAAACUAUUUUCCUCUAGAUAACCAUGGUUGGACUGUAGCUUUACUUCACAGAUUACUGCCUUCAUCAUGUACACACAUGUAAGACUGGUGCAUUACCAAUAAUACUAUUCUUUAUGCAGUAUGGUCAUCAUCGUGGUAAUGGAUUAUGGGUCUUUUUUCCUUUGUGGAUAUUUUGUUGUGUUUAAAUAAUGUGCAGAUGUUCCUGCCUAUUUAGCUUCUUUUUGUUUUUGUUUUUCCAUGUGUUAUUUCCAGGGCUAGAGAUUAGAACAUUAGCAUGCCUGUUUUUGCAAAGUUACUGUAUUUCUGUACACGUUGCUGUCAUUUGGUUCCUCUUCAGAUGAUUUUUUUGUUUUGUUUUGUUUUAUUUUAAUUUUUUUUGUUGUUGUUGUUUUUUUUCUGGUCCAGAAAUCAUGUAGCCUAAGCUCUGAGAAAGAUUUACCAUGCUGGCUAGGUUCAUGGGUUUCAAACCCUGUCUCCACAAGAACCAUGUUUAUAUACUUUUGCCUAAUAUAUUUUGAAAGACAUGUUACUUAAUCCGGACGACAUUAGGUUUCUUUCCAAAGGUCUUUGCUGUUGUAAAUGAGCUGUACACGGACGUGAGGUUUUUUUUUUUUGUUAGGAGACAGGGUUGGGUUUAGGAUAAGGAAAUAACCACGUUUAGGAUUAUAGCUGUGUUCCUUCUCGGGAGCCACAUCCCUCAAAGUCCAACUGUGUUACAUUCCAACAGAGAAACACGGCCUCACUUCGACUAAAUUUGAAACUGCUGGUGUCUGAAAUCCACCGGUCGAUUUACUCGUUAAGUCAGAUUUAAGUCCAUUUUUAUGUGACCAAAUAUACCAGGUGUAUUCACGUGGUCACUGGUAAAUGUAUUAUAUGAACUGGACCAAUGAAAAAAAAAGGAUACUACAGGAUGUAAAUAAUAGAAGCCAGGCAUAAAGUUCACUGCUUCUUCUUGUUGGUAGCUAUGUAGUUAAAGUUAAUUAAAUUAUAAAUGGAUAGUAACCAGUAACAUCGUACACUGAAAUGUCAGAACUGUGCCUGAACUAUAAACUAUCCUGGGCCGUUCGAGGGCAACUUCCUGCUUGUAAUUUUUGACCUUAGGUGUUGACGAGGACCACCAAUUAGUUUAGUAGCGUGUGGUUGGAAUUAGCGAUGAUGCUAAGGUGAGUCCUCUGUAGACUGUCUCGUCUCAGCCCACUAACCUUCAGUGCCAUCCUUUGUACGCCACACACUUUGAAGGAGGUGGCGCCUGUAGUGGGACACAGCUUAUGUGUGUGUUGUUUAUAUUGUAAUUUGGUUUUUUCUAUAGGUUCAUGUGAGAACACUCUCUCUCUCUCUCUCUCUCUCUCUCUCUCUAUCACGCACAUACUCCUUGGCCUUUUCCAGAAGGUUUCCUUUUAAGCGUUUUGGAACCAGUUCUUUACCUGGCAGGUUUGGGCUCAACAGUGACUCACAAAAGAAGGUCACAUGUGUUCUGUCAAAGCAGUUUCAAUCAACAGGUUUGGACUGAGAAGUAGAAGACAUGUUUGUUGGAGAAAGAAAAAAACAAAAACAUAGCCUUGCCUUUAGCCUUUGCAGGUUUCUUUCUCCAAACUAGUUGAAUUCUUCACACACACACACACAUUUCCACUGGCUGCAGAUGGUCUUGAAUAUCACAUUCAGUUUGUUGCCAUAGAGUUAACCAUCUCUACUCGAUCGUGUGAUCCGUAAUCUUUGUUUCCCCUCUUUGUGCUAACCUCUAAUAUUCACUGCUUUUUAAAUGAAAUGGUGUGAGGGCUCAGCUUUCUGAGAUUUCCAUACCUCCGAGUGACCAAACAUCUGAUCCCCUCAGCCAUUGUUUUCUCACCUUCACCACAGCUGUUGUCAGUGUGAGUCUGCGUCACCGCUGCUCCCACCACCUCGCAGUGAAGUCUUUAAUUAGUUUGUGCCUGCAGUGAUGUGACAUGUAGUGUAGGUUAUAGUACGGUCUAUCACGUUGUUUUAAACUCACUUCAUCACUAAAGUCUCAGCACAACGUCCGCUUACUCUUGGACUUGAGGUCAAGUCUUUACCUGAUAUAACUGGUCAGAUGUUAGUGACACUAAAAACAGGAAGUUCAGGUUCCGUAACGUUAAAGAAAAAACGCAAAGAGAAUACACAGGCAGUUUGGAUUGGAUUGGAGUUUGAUUUCACUAGUACUGAUUUAUUUGGGCCAGUAUCUGAGAGAACUGAUGUAAUGAUCAGUAUCUAUAUCUCCAAUAUAGAUCUGUGCUCCCUGUGUAUGUUAAAUACCCACCGACAGCUGGCAUUAUACCAACCCUGAGUGCUAGUUUUUUAACUGAAGUAAAAAGCCAAACCACCAUUAACCCGCUGCAGGCUUUGUAAGGGAAUUGUUAGAAACACAAUGAUUCAAAAGAUUGAACAUUUAGUGAUUUAGUUAUUUCCCUCUGUGGUUGACAUCCCGUCAUCUCCAGCCUGUGGGAGUUGAACUGUUUUGUUUUAGUGGAGCUACAGUAUCUGAUGCUGGCCUUGAUCCGGUCUCUGUAGCACGUGGAUCUCGUCUACCAGCAUCCGUCAUCUCAUUCAUCACCUUCAUGUUUUUGUACUUUUGGUUUAUAAUGGACGUUAUUAACGAUGAAGAUUGAGAUUUGUAUAAUGCCAACUGGCUGUGGUUAUUUAACGUACUACAUGCCGAUAUUUUUUCAUGCAUGCUGGAUGAAAACGUUUAGACAGAGGUGACUUUUUGUGUAGUAACCAUUUUAAAAUACUAAAAAUAAAACAGCUGUGUCCUUGAAAAUGAAGCCCAACAAACGUCACCAGGAGUCCUGUGGAAAUUUGUGCUCGGUAGCAAAAUUCAACUGAAGUUUGGCUUAAAUGAAAAGUCUGAGUCUGAAAGUGAAUGUACGCACUCAAGCCAUUAAGCAUUGCCUUUCAGUGGUACACAACAAAACUGAAUGAAGAUUAAAUUUGGACUCCUUUAACUAACCAGGACAGAAAAUGAGUCUGCGGUGUUAAAAGGUCUCUUUAUGCAUAGAAAGUCUUUGACAGGAAUGUUUUUUCUCAAGCCAUAGUGCCCUGCUGUGGAAUUGGAAGGUUAAAAAUAAUGAAUAAAUAAAUGACCGUU